AUGCGACACAGGAUUAAUGCCAUAACAAAGCGGCGGCGACCGGCGGGAGCGAAUUCAGCGACGUCAGCGGCGUUGAAGCACGGCGGGCUGAUGCUGGAUUGGUCGGCUGAAGGCCAAACGAUUUUGGAAGAAGGUCUCGCAAGUGAGUUUUCAUCUGAGAAACUUCCAUAUCGUUAUGCAAAAAUUGCCAUGCAACUGCAGGGAAAGACAGUCAGAGAUGUAGCCCUACGGGGCAAAUGGAUUAGUAAAAGGGAAAGUGGGAAGAGGAGGAAAGAGGAUCAUAACCUCAGGAAAAGCAAAGAUAAAAAGGAGCGGGUUACAGACUCUUCAGCAAAACCAUCAUCUAAUUUGGCAGCACGACCUAAUGUUCCUCCGUAUUCUCUGCCAAUGCUUCCUUUUGACAAUGAUGAUGAUAUUUCAUACAAAGAUAUUGGUGGUCGAACAGGACAACUCCUUGAGAAUAAUGAUCAACUAUUCAAGAAAGUAUCUGUAAACCUGACCAGCUUACAGGUACAGGAAAACAUUGCACUAUUGUGCCAGGCACGAAACAACUUGUUUGCAAUCUUCAACGAUAUGAAUGAUAUGCCUGAAGUCAUGAAGCAGAUGCCACCCUUUCCAGUGAAGAUAAACGAAGAGCUGGCAGCCUCCAUCCUCCCUAUUCAAACAUGAGGAGACAGAAUAUCGAAGAAUUAGGGUUCCAUAUGGUAUGGAAGUCGAAAUCACACAUCGGCCUUGCGAGGCCCAAGUUCAAUUUCCAAUAAGUAGAUAGAAAAAGUCCCCUGUCUUCAUUCAGUUUGUUGCCUAGUUCAUGUUUUAGGUACAUAUAACCUUGUGCAGUAUUAUGACCUUAUGUAGUAGUCAGUUCUUUUAGGCAUCAGAUAGAUGUAGUUUGUUCUGUAAGAGCAGGAUUCUGGAAAGAAAAUAAACUUACCUGUUCAUAAGUGUAUAUCCCUUGAGCUUAGUUUUUUAUUUUAUUUUUUUUAUUUUUAUUUUUUU